CUUCCGUCACUCACACUUCCAAACAUGGAGGCAAUUUUCCACGAGAAACAGGAAGGGUCCUUGUGUGCGCAGCACUGCCUGAAUAACCUCCUGCAGGGUGAGUACUUCAGUCCGGUGGAGCUGUCGUCCAUCGCUCAACAAUUGGAUGAAGAAGAGCGCAUGAGAAUGGCAGAAGGAGGUGUUCAGAGUGAGGAGUACAGGACCUUUCUGCAGCAACCGUCAGGGAACAUGGAUGACAGCGGCUUCUUCUCAAUUCAAGUGAUCAGUAACGCUCUGGGUGUUUGGGGUUUGGAAAUCGUUCUGUUCAACAGCCGAGAAUACCAGCAGUUACGAAUAGAUCCCAUAAACGAGAAGGCGUUUAUAUGUAACUAUAAGGAGCACUGGUUUACAGUGCGGAAACUGGGCCAGCAGUGGUUUAAUCUGAACUCGCUGUUAACCGGACCAGAGCUCAUAUCAGACACGUAUCUGGCACUGUUCUUAGCACAACUACAGCAGGAAGGAUAUUCUAUAUUUGUGAUUCGUGGGAAUCUGCCGGACUGUGAAGCGGAUCAGACUUUGCGGAUCAUGCGAGUGGAGCAGCAGCAGAGGCCGAAACUCAUCGGAGAAGAUGAGGCUCAGAGGGUGUCCGUGCAGCAGGUAUUAGACACCACACACACUACAGAUGAAGGCGUGCUGGACGAGGAUGAGGAGGAGUUGAGGAAGGCUCUGGCUCUCAGUAGACAGCAUAUGGAGGUGGAAGAUGAAGAAGCAGAUCUGCGCAGAGCCAUUCAACUCAGCAUGCAGGGCAGUGUUAGUCCCAGAAGCCCCAGUGAGACAGCUGGCUCAUCACAUGACACGUCGAGCAGUGAGACACUGACUGCAGAAGAGCUGCGGCGGAGGAGACAGGUGUACUUUGACAGGCAACAGCUCCCUCAUUCUGCUGCUCAUGACUGUCAAAGUGCUGGUGGAUUGAAGGACAGCGGGACCAAACCUGACCAGUGAUGAUGUCACAUGACUGAACCUGUUCAAACUCUCUCUGAGUCUCGAUGGACUCCUGGACUUAAGUUGACCUCACGUGACCUCUGUCAGGGGGUGAGCGUUACAUUCCAAACACGUCUCGUUUGGCCUUCAGUGUGUUUCAUCAGUUAUCUUUCAUCCCCUCGUGAUGUGCAGUGUAACGACAGCUGCACACAGACAGGAAGUGGCUCACAUAAGGAGGAAGUUCUAUAGCUGACGUCACUCAGUUUGGGACCAUUGAGGGUUUUUUUUAUUCUUGUCUGUGGACUGUAGUGAAUUCCCCGUCUUUACCAGCAUUACACGCGACUGCACCAGGAUCUGAUGUUAUUUCUAAUCCGCUUCACUCUCUGUUUGACUGGCCACAUUUAACGGACUACAGAGAGAACACAUGACUGCACUCGUACAGGAUGUGUACAGCUGAGUCUGACAACAGGAUUCCUUUGCGUCAUCGUGUGUCUGUUGUUCAUGGAGAUCAGCAUGAAAAUAAGGGCUCACAGAUCGUGUACAGGCGAGAUGACUUCACACUUAAUAAUGCACUUAAAUAUAGUAAAUAAAACUGAUAAUCUAAAAUAAUGAUGACUUUGUAUAAUCAUAUGAGUGUCCAGUGCACAUUGGGAAAUGAAAUCUGUUUUUGUGUCAUUCAGUUGUUCACUGUGCUAGACUGCAGCGGUGUUGUGAUUUUUCAUGAUUUUCAUUGAUUUGAGUUGUUUGCUGGCAGAUCAGCAGCAGCUUUUUAAACUCAUUUGACUCGAGUGAUUUAUUAUUCACUUCCAUUCACAGUUGUUGAUAUUUUCUGUUUCUUUAAUAAAUCUGUUUAUCUCUCCCUUGA